AUUACCAUAAACUUCAUGAGUUAUCUUCCAGGGUCCACUAACAGUGACCAUUCAGGAGUUAGAUGGAACAUUUAAGCACAACUUACAAAUAGAAGAAAAUACUACUCGACAUGACAUCACCUGCCACUCCAAGAGUCGAAGAAAUAAGAAGAAAAAGAUACCACUGUGUACAGGAGAAGAGGUAGACAUGGACCUGAGUUCGAUGGAUGCAGAUUCUCCUGUGUUGUGGAUCCGUGUAGACCCUGAUUUUCAACUGUUAAGACAAGUAGUGUUUGAGCAGCCAGACUACCAAUGGCAGUACCAACUACGUUAUGAAAGGGAUGUCACCGCUCAGAUGGAGGCUAUUACAUCAUUAGAGAGGUAUCCCAUUCCAUCAACUCGGUUAGCACUAACAGACACCAUUGAAAAUGAACAGUGUUUUUACAGAGUCAGAUGUUUAGCUGCAAUGUGUUUACAAAAGGUGGCAAAUGCAAUGGUUACAACUUGGACAGGCCCUCCAGCCAUGAUGAUGAUAUUUAAGAAAAUGUUCAGUUCCCAUUCAUCUCCUAAUAUCAUCCGGCAGAAUAACUUUAGCAACUUUCAACGAUACUUUAUUCAAAAGACUAUUCCUGUUGCUAUGGCAGGUCUGAGGACGGUGCAUGGAAUUAUCCCCCCUGAAGUUCUCCGUUUUUUACUGGACUUGUUCAAGUAUAAUGACAACAGCAAGAAUAAG